AUGGCAGAUAUAGCCCGCCGGAGCCACGCGCACAGUGCUUCGUCCGGGAAGCAUUCGAGGACAGAGAAUUCGAAUUCGUCAGCCCGCAAGCGGAAGCGCCAUGAAGACCUGGAUGCGCCCACAAGUACCCAAAAGAAGGACAGGAAGAAGAGUUCUGCUGCCGCGCCGCCUGAAAAAAGGCCCACAGAAGGCGCGUCCAGUUCGCAGCCAGGUUCUGAAGCCCAGACGGAGGGCAAUGGGGCUGCUGGCCAGCAUGCAAACCCGCAGGAGAAUGCCGACGAGCCGCCGUCGAGGGUGGAGGAUAAAUCUCAUGGGAGAAAGUCGAAGAAAGGCAGUAGAGACGUGGCAGACGGACCUGAUAAGCCGUCUAGAAAACAUGAAGAUCGAAGGACAGCAUCGAAGCGGGAACCUGACACCACCACCGAGGAAAGAGUGAGCUCGGAGGAGAAAGGCGGCUCUUCGAACUCCUCUGCCAACGCCAAUGGUAGAACAUCGAAGCCUAUCAAGCACAAGAAGAUCCUGUCUAAAUACGAAAAAUCGAAAACAAUGGCAACCGAUCGUUCUUCCGCCGCAUCAAGGGAGCCCCGGACACAAGGCCAGGAGGAUAAGGAGUCGUCAGAGGAGAAACACGGCCUGGUUCCAUUACCGCAACCUGCCCCUGCGCCAGGUGAAUCUACGGCGCCGUCUUAUGCUACUCUUCCUCCCUGGCUGGCGGCUCCUUCUCAUGGCUCGUCCGGACUGCCAGUGAGCUUCUCGGACCUGGGAGUUGGAACUAGAUUGGUAGCCACUCUGAAGGAUAGGGGAUAUACUGAGGCCCUGCCCGUGCAAUCCGCCGUCAUUCCUCUCCUCUCAAAGGGUUCUGCACGACACCCUGGAGAUGUCUGCGUCUCAGCUGCGACUGGAUCUGGUAAAACCCUGGCCUAUGUCCUCCCGCUUUUCUCGGCUUUGGAUCGUCUCCCAGUUGCAAAACUUCGCGCAAUAAUCAUUGUGCCAACAAGAGAACUGGUAAAGCAAGUACGCGAAGCAUGCGAAAUUUGCUCUAGUGGCUCCGGGCUGCGGAUUGGCACCGCUGUGGGCUCAACUGCCCUAAAGGACGAACAGGCCCAGAUUAUGGAACAGAACCGCGUAUAUAACCCAGGACAUUGGCGAGGAGAGGGGUAUGACGACGAGAUGACCGCACGCCAAUGGGCGACUUUUAGCCUGAAAGACUACGUCGCCGAGGCGGAAGAAUACAGUAAAGCGCCACAAAAUCAUGUUAUAGAGUCAUCGCCCUGUGUCGAUAUCUUAAUAUGUACUCCAGGAAGACUUGUCGAUCAUAUUCGGUCCACCAAGGGUUUCACGUUAAGCCAUCUUGAGUGGUUGAUCAUUGAUGAAGCCGACAGACUGCUCAACGAGAGCUUCCAGGAAUGGGUGGACACAGUCCUUCCUGCACUGGAGACGAAGGAGGGAUCUGUUUCUAGAGGACUCCUACAUCAGCUAUCGAAGGGGAUAAGAUGUCCGAUAGAAUCGCGUAGGCUUCAAAAGGUCAUAUUAAGUGCUACGAUGACACGAGAUAUCAGCAAGCUCAAUUCUCUAAGACUGCAGAAUCCAAAGCUAGUGGCAGUUGAUGGUGCUGACAAGGCCGCUGACGGGUUGACGGGCUCGGAUAACAACAUAGCACUGCCUUCCCGGUUGAACGAAGUGUCCAUACCUGUAGGAGACGGGUCUGAGAAACCUCUAUAUCUUCUUAAACUGCUGGAGUCAUCUAUUGGUAUUGUUGUUGCAGAAAGGACUAGAUCGAAGAAGAGUCGUACAUCCAUCUCUCCCGACUCGAGUGAUUCAACCUCAAGCGAUUCCAGCGACACUUCCGAUUCGUCGGACUCGGAUUCAUCGUCAUCCGCAUCCUCCCAAUCGGACGAAGACUCGUCGGAUUCAGAUUCAGAUUCAGAUUCGUCGGCAAGUAGUUCAUCGUCCACCUCCCCGAACAAACAGGUCACACCUCAGUCGUCGGUCCUGAUAUUCACGAAAUCUUCGGAGGCAGCAUCGCGACUAUCUCGCCUUCUUGCCCUUAUGUGCCCUCUUCUCGACGGAAAGAUUGGCACUCUCAUCAAAUCUAACAAAUCGAGCACGUCCCGGAGGGUUAUAUCUGCUUACCGAAAGGGGAAAAUGCAAAUAAUCAUUGCGACAGACCGUGCCUCUCGUGGUCUGGAUCUCCCUCUUCUGGGCAAUGUCGUCAACUAUGAUGUCCCCAACAGCCUGACCACCUACGUUCACCGUGUUGGUCGUACCGCUAGAGCGGGCCAGUCCGGUUCCGCAUGGACUCUUGUAACCCACAGCGAGGGUAGGUGGUUUACAAACGAGAUCGCUAGGGGUGGCAUGAGCAGGGCCCCUGGAAUGGCGAUCAAGAAGGUUGCUCUUCGACUAGACGAUGACGAUCGAGCAGCACUUAAGGGGAGAUAUGAAAAGGCGUUGAAACAGUUGGAAGUCGAGGUAGCGGGCCAUCGAAAAGGGGCAAACAAAACAUAA